AUGCACUGUGGUUGUGCACCCAGCUCAUAUUGGAUACCAGGUUUGGCCUUCCCCGACUGGGCGUACAAGGCAGAGUCGAGCCCAGGCUCCCGUCAGAUCCAGCUGUGGCACUUCAUCUUGGAGCUGUUGCAGAAGGAAGAGUUCCGCCAUGUCAUCGCCUGGCAGCAGGGAGAGUAUGGCGAGUUUGUCAUCAAGGAUCCUGAUGAAGUGGCCAGGCUGUGGGGCCGGCGGAAAUGUAAACCCCAGAUGAACUAUGACAAGCUGAGCCGGGCUCUCAGAUAUUACUACAAUAAGAGAAUACUGCACAAGACAAAAGGGAAAAGAUUCACAUACAAGUUUAACUUCAGCAAACUCAUCUUUGUGAACUACCCAGUGUGGGACAUGAGAUGCCCCUCACAGUCCCUACUGCUGGGGAACAAUAUGUGUCAUACAGCUGUACUGCCAUCUGGUGUUCAAAGAGAGGUAUUACAGAACACUCUUCUAGCGCAUAAGCUCUUUGCAGACCAACUUACCUGCCGCAGAGUUCUCCAGAAUCCAAUGGAGUAUGAUAACAGCACAGGGAAGAAGACGCUGGGAGCUGGAAGGUGCAAUUUGGUUCCUACUCCAUGUUUCUCAGGCUCCUGCUGUUACUUUGGCCUGCGCAGUGGGCGUUUCCAUGCGCCUAGCACUUCCACAGAGCUUCACAAUCCUGGUGUAGCACCCCACCCUGGGCGACCACUUUACUCUUCUACUCCAGCCACCCUACCAGGCUCAGCAGAGUGGCCACUGUGUACCGGCCAUACGUUCCACCACAGUCUAACGUUGAUGUCCUUGGAGGAAAGAUUUCAGAGCCUUGGCCAUAGGGGGAUACAUGAUAGAUUAAUGGAAGGCAAUCGUUCAAACUCCCUAUUGGGGCAACAGACGAUUCCACCCAUGGAGAACCAGCCUAUCAUAUCACCUGUUUUAGAAGCCCAACAGGAGGAAAGCACCUACCAGUCACCUUCAACUGUGAAACCUGAUCCGGAGAGCCAGUAUAAGUCUUUAGAAGUGGACAGCAAGCUGAAAAAAAUUAAAGAAACCAUAAAGGUUUCUUUGAGUCCAUCUGAAACGCAAAAUGUACAAAGUAAGCUGCACACAGUAGAAGCGGACCAGCCAUUUAACACCAAGAACUGGCUUCUAAAGUCUGCAUAG